GGCCGCAUCCGGCGGCUUUCCCGGCAGGUCCAGCGUAGGGGAGCAUGGGAGCGUGGGAGCCUAACGGUGGCGCCGUCUUUCGGUCUCGAGUCUUGGCUGGGCGUCGCUUUCUGUUGCUUUUGCCUGGAUAGCGGGAGGCUUCCUGAGAUCUUUAGUCUCGGAGCCGUAAGUGGGGCCCGGCCGGCCCGGGAGUCGGCCUUUCCGAGGCUGGGCCGGGGAGAGGAGUCAUAGGCUCAGAUCUGUCCCGAAGUCCCUGUGGCGACUUGAAGACACUACCACUCCUCAAGAUGGCAUCCACACUCCCUGCAACCGGGGCCCAGGGACCAGUGCUGUUUGAGGACCUGGCUGUAUAUUUUUCUCAAGAGGAGUGUGUGAGUCUGCACCCUGCCCAGAGGUCCUGCAGCAGAGACACGCCACAGGAGUGUUUGGAGGAUAUGGCCUUGAUGGGAGGAGAAGGCAAGAUUGAGAUUAAUCAGAAGCUAAGGCUAGAAUCUAUGGGACUCGAAGAGCUUGCCCUAGAAAAAUACUCCAUUGCUGUGCCCCUUGUCUAUUACCCAGAAAAUUCCUCUGAGCAUGGAGUUGGAAACCUUGAAAGGAAAAUGUCAGGUAGAACUCCUGCUUUCAAGAAGAGGUUCAUAAGCCUUUUAGUUACCAUUGAAAACCACACCCCUUUGAUAGAACUAUCUCAGUGUUUAGGAACCAGAGCACUUUCUGAAAUUCUUGAAUUUCCCGGGGAAGAAGCCAAAAAUUCAUACAAGUGUCCUGAAUGUGACCAAAGCUUCAGUGAUAGUUCAUACCUUGUUUUGCAUCAGAAAAUGCAUUCAGGAGAGAAAAAGUAUAAAUGUGGUGACUGUGGGAAGAUUUUCAAUCACAGAGCCAACUUGAGAACACACCAGAGAAUCCACACCGGCGAGAAACCAUAUAAGUGUGCCGAGUGUGGCAGCAGCUUCCGCCAGCACUCACAUCUGUCUCGGCACAUGAAUAUCCAUGUAAAGGAGAAACCCUACACCUGUGGCAUAUGUGGAAGAGGUUUCAUGUGGCUCCCAGGAUUGGCACAGCAUCAGAAAACCCACACUGCCAAAAAAGCCUGUGGUAAAUAUUUUGGUCAGAAAACAAAUCUGGCUUUGCCUGAGAAAAGGCACGGGUCAGCCAGCCAGCACCCAUGCAGUCCGAGCGGGAAACGCUUUGGGCAGCCCUCACACUUGGCCCUCCCCGAGCGGGGCCACGAGGACAACCCUGAACACUGCAGCGAUUGCGGGGAAAAUUUGCUUUCGUUCUCAAAAUUCGAACCCUUAAAGUGUCCUGAGUGUUCGAUGACCUUUCUUCGUAUCUCUGAGCUUAUCUCCCAUCAAAGCAUUCACAGAGGGGAAAAGCCCCAUAAAUGCAAACCCUGUGCAGAAAGUUUUAUUUCGGACUCAGAGCUUGCAUGCCACCAGAAGAACCACACAGGAGAACCUUUUAAAUGUACCGUGUGUGGGAAAAGUUUCAGGUUGAAAACACAUCUCAUUGUCCAUCAGCAAACCCAUGCGCAAAACACCACGUAAAUAUAGCAAGUUUUCAUUAAUGCUUGUGCUUCUCAGUAUUUAUACUGAAAACUGGGGCACAGUUACCCUUUAUGUGCCAGGUACUGUGCUAAGCAUUUUAUACACAUUCCAUGUAAUAUAUCAUUUAAUUUUCACCACCACCUUGAUUUAGGCACCAUGAUUUCGGUUUUAUAAUGGAGGAAGCAUAGUCAGUGUCACAGCUACUGAACAAAGCCAGAACUCUAACUCAGUAGCUCAGUUACUAUCCAGAUUCCAUUUGUAUGAGCCGGAGAAAGAUACAGAACUUAUAAAAAAAAAAUUCGGUUUUCACUAAAAUGAAGGUUAUUGCUAGAGUUCUUUUAAUUUUGUUUACAUGGUUUCUAAGUAAGUUUUAGAAGGCAAAUUUAUUUAUUGUUUGCUAGUUCUGCAGAUCUAGGAUCUAGGAAAGUAAGUACCUUUGUAUCUAUUUUAUACUUUUUUUUUUUUUGCUGUAACAAUCAGAAUGUAAUGUUUGUGUGAGAUUAUUGUUUUACAUAUGAAUUUCUGGAGGGGUUUGGAAGCUUUUUUCCCUCCAUGUGAAGUGUUCCCAAAUGGGUUGGACUAGUUAGUGUCGAGAUGGCUGUUAGUAUCCGUGAAGUUAGUAUCCAUUCUCAGAUCUGAUGCCACUGGCCUUUGUGAUUCAAGUGUUUGGAAGGAAUUUUAGCAAUCUGACUACAGCCCUUUCUGGUGCCUGGACUUGAGCAAUGGAAAGGUACUUGCUUCUCUCUAAGAGGAUUUACCUCCAAGUCUUUACCAAAGCACAUCACCUGCCUUGCUAUGAAUAACAGUAACCCUUGUUUAGUGUGUAUGCUCAAUACUUCAGGUAUAUUAAUUUAAUCUUCAGAAUAAAUCUGACAGAAAAGGACUAUCCUCGUUUCGUAAAUGAGUAAGUAGAGCCCCUGGAGGAUACAAUCAGUACAUUGCCCAAGACACAAAAGUAGCAACAUGCUGAAGCUGGCAUUUAACCUCUGGUCUCUGCUGUCAGAGGCCAUGUGUUCAGCGACACUGCGUUAUAUGUUGGCAUUUGCACCACAUGUUAAAACUGCAGGCAGCUGGGGGACUGAGAUGGGUGGGUGAGGAUGGUCAUCAUGGAGGCUACCCUGUGCACGUGCUUCAUUCCCUUAGUGCUUCAUCCCAAGCCUGACUUACGUGUAUGGUUACAAAGCAACUGAAAGACUGUUCAGGACUUGAGGUUCAAACUCCAUCCCUAUAAUCAGAGAUUGCAAACUCUACAGAGUAUAGUUUUAGUUUAGUUUGAGUUUAGUUUAGGUUUUAGUUGAGUUUGGUUUAAGAAAAAAGUUUUUCUUCCUCAUAUCCAAAGAAAGAUACAUACAGAAAAUUGUUAGAGCUUAAUCAAAAUACUUGAAAAUAUAUAGAUACUGCUGUUACAUGUAAAUACUGGAGCAAAAUAUUGUUAAAUGGAAUGGUUAUUAAUGUUGAAGAACCAGGGGAUCUUGUAAAUGUUACAUUCAUGUGGAAUUUCUCUUUAAAGCAAAAUUGUGUACCUCUCAGCAAAGCAGCAUUUAAAGGGGUUUUUGAUUGGGAUGUGAGAAUGGUCUUAUUCUAUAUAAAUGGUAUAAAAGUAUGGCAUUUACUAAAAUGGGAUUAUCACUGGGAAACCUCAGGAGUAAUAAUAGGCCUCUUUAGGACUAAUUGGAGGAAAGUAGUACCUGGAAGGUAGGGUCUUUCUACUGAACAGCAGAUUGAGAACUGAAUGUACAAAAAGGUGCUGGCUACUGCUGUAAGCUCUUAACACUGAUUAGAGGCAGGAAGAUACUGUUGGUGAGGAAAAGGGAAACCAAUAGCCCUAACCCAGCUCACCCACUCCUUUCCCCCUUUUCCUCAUUCUUCUUUUGGCUCAUUGUUUCCCAUGUCUCCACUCUUAGGAUACAGGACACCAGUCUGCCGGGCCUUUGGGGUCUCAAAUAAAAAAGCGAGGUCUUCUAUAGGUUCUUCUUCAGCAAGUCUCUCUGUCUGAGGUGGUUAGAGUUGUGUAGAAAGAUGGUCUCCAGUUAGGUUUCUUAUCAGCCAGCUCUGGGAUAUAAACACCUUUGCUAAAUAUCAGAAAGUACUGCCUCCCUGCUUUCCUGCUUCUGCCUUCCGUGGGAGCAGCUGGCACAGUGCGCCAUUGGCACAUAGUAGGGGCUCCCAUAUUUCAGUUAACUGAAGAGUUGCAGGGUCGGGGAUGAAAUUGGGAAAGAGGUCCCUAGUAGCAGAGUUGCUGCAGAAAGAAGUAGAGAAGACUAUUUUAGAAGGCGUUUGGACAGAGUGGCGCUGACCUGAAACAUGGAAGCUGUUAUCCUUUCCUUUGCUCCUAAGAAAGUACAGGGGAAGGUGAAAAUUCAUACCAUCAAUGACGUUCUGCACUCAGCAUGGGAAGUUACCUUUCCAGAUGAGGUUUCCUUCCCAAUUAACUUCAGUUUUUACAUUUUUAUUUUCUAGAUUUUGGAAGAUUAUGCCAAACCUCCACAAGAGAUUAGAAAAAUAUCUUUUACAAAGACAUUAAUAUAUACAUGAGUAUAAUUAAAAUGCCUUUUUGGUGUAAUAUUGUUAAUGAUUGUUAUGCGGAGGAAAAAAAAAUCCCUGAGUGUCAGCUACUGUGAAAGAGGCAUCUUUUAAGUUGUUGCUUUAUUGUGCACUUGCACCUAAAUCCAUUUGCUGGAUGUAAUUCGAGCUGCUCUGAGCCCAAGGAGUUGAAGGAAGCGGUCAGUAUCCAUCAGUGAGACCCAUGCUGGUUUUAUGCAGAUGGCUUUUUCACCCUCUAUUUACAGUGUUAACUGACAGAUUCCACAGAUGGUCAUUAAUUCAGAGACAUCAUUAGCCUACCAUGUUUUUUUUUUUUUUUUUUUUAGCCACAAUGCUCCUUUUUUUAAAAAUUUAUUUAUUUUUAUUUUUGGCUGUGUUGGGUCUUCGUUUCUGUGCGAGGGCUUCCUCUAGUUGUGGCAAGCGGGGGCCACUCUUCAUCGCGGUGCACGGGCCUCUCACUAUCACGGCCUCUCUUGUUGCGGAGCACAGGCUCCAGACGCGCAGGCUCAGUAGUUGUGGCUCACGGGCCUAGUUGCUCCGCGGCAUGUGGGAUCUUCCCAGAGCAGGGCUCGAACCCGUGUCCCCUGCAUUGGCAGGCAGAUGCUCAACCACUGCGCCACCAGGGAAGCCCCCAUGUUACUUUUAAUGAAUACUUGGAUGAAAGUUAAUACAGGGAUGAAAGACUAAAUGCAGGAGUUUAUUGCUAGGAACAGUCGGUUCACAACAUUUUGCAGCAUGGAUGUUAACACAGGCAGAGUGAAAACUUUGUACUGAAGAAUUCAAUUGUUGAACAAAUUUCUUUGGUUUUGUUGUUGAUGCAGUGACGAAAAUGUGUAUUAAAGUCCUUAAUGUGAUUGCUGGACUAUCAGGUUCUCUAACAUCCGUCAUUGAUGAAACAGCAUUAUUCCAAUAGCCUGCAGAUGUUAAGUUUACAUUUUGUAAUUAAAGAAACUGUGGAAUUUAAUUGUUAUUCUUGAAGGAGUUGAACUCAAAAUAGUUUUGUUUACAGCGUUGUUGCAGUAGGUAAUAGUCUAUUACAUCUCUGCAUUUAACAUAGAAAAUGACUAACCCAGUAAUUCAGGGAGUUAAAACUAAAAACAAGUGACAUUUCACAGCAAAUGCUGUUUUGAGUCUUUGACUCCUGUGAUUCCAUAUAAUUAAGUGGCAUUAUUCUGAUGACUGCAGCAUGUCUUACAAUCUGAUACUGCAGAUUUUGCUCAAAGUAAUCUGCCAAUUUACUGCAUAUGUGUACUAAGCAGGUUAUAGUUUAUCUGAAUAAAGAGUCUAUUUGAAA